UUUUUUUUCUCAUUUAUUAUCAAAGCAAUCAUGUCUGGUAGACAAGGUGGUAAACUCAAGCCUCUUAAGCAAGCAAAGAAGAAGGGUGCCGAUUUAGAUGAAGAUGAUAUUGCUUUCAAGAAGAAGCAACAAGAAGAAGCCAAAAAGUUGAAGGAAAUGCAAGCCAAGGCUGCUGGAAAGGGUCCUCUUCUUGGUGGUGGCAUCAAAAAAAGUGGAAAGAAAUAAAGAUCUUAUAUAUAUAUGGUUUUACCUAUCUAUUAUGUCAAACUUUAUCUUUUGUGUUGUCUUUUUGAAAUGUUGAUCUA